AUGGCUAAUCCCAACACUACUAGGCUAAAUGAUCAAUUAACGAGACUUAAUCAAGCUGUCCGAGAUCUUCAAGACUCAAGAACUGAAACGCCUGAUGAGUCAUUCAUCGAACUUACGAGACAGAUUCAAGAAAUGGCGCGCGAGAUUGUUCGAAGAGUCGCAGAGAUAGAGAGAGAACUGGCCUUGAUUUCGGCAAUGAGAGCUCUGGAGAACUUGCGCAAUCUCAUCAGAGAAGCUAGAGAAUGA